GUUUAAAGUAGUUUUAUAGUAGUGUUACAUUCAUAUACUUUUCUUUUUUUUUUGUAAAUAUGUACUAAUUGAACUACAAUAUCGGUGUUCAAGACAUUUAGCAGUUCUAGUUGACUCCAAUGAGCCGUGACCAAUCUUUAUCGCUUGACGUGUUUGGAAAUUGUCUUUGGUGGUAAAUUUGCUAGUAAAUGUGUUGUUGCAGUGCAGCAAACGUUAUUGAAAUAGAGCCUGAUUUUAUCUCUAUGAAAUUUCGACAGUGUUGCGACACGUUGUAUGCCCACGUGAUAAAAAUUUUCUGGCUUGAAUGAAGCCGUUUUCCUGUGUUCGAAGGUUACGAAAUCAUUUUACGAAAGCAGUGACUUGAGUCUCAUAACAGAGAUGAAGACGUUGAAAUUCUCUCUGGAUGUUACCCUGUAAGACUGAUAAAGGAACGAGUACAUGAGAUGAGGGAUAGUGUAUGUUAGAUGUUUUGAAGAUGAAGUGAGAGAGACCUGUAUAAGUUGUUUGGGACAUGUAUGCUAUUGAAGAGUUUUAUCGAAACAGGAGAUAAAAUGGCGUAUUCAAUAUCAUACUAUUAUGAUCCCGACGAUUUUGAGAUAAAGAUUGAAGAAGUUGAUACAUUGUCUGAGAAAGUUGAGAUUCAAAAAAACAUUCGUUUUUCUACGAUAUCUGCGCAGCUUUUACCCGAUCCUGAUUGGUGUAAUAACUUCAUGGGAAAGAGAAGCAAUCGCAGACGGCGAUUGAUUUGUAGAAAUGGCUAUUAUUUAGCAGUACAUCCUAAUGGUACAGUCAAAGGCACGCGUUGUAAAACUGAUCCUUACACAACGUUAGAAAUCAUAUCUGUUGGUGCUGGUUUGGUCAAAAUGCUUGGAGUGGAAGCGGAGUUGUUUGUGUCAAUAGAUGACAGUGGUGUUGUUCGAGCUACAGACGUUGAUAGUGAAGAAUGUGUUUUUGAAGAAGCUGUUAUUGAAAAUUUUUUCUCUAUUUAUCGUUCAUGUCGUUAUUCCAGUGAAAGAUGGCUUGUCUCUCUUGAUACAAAAGGCAACGCACUCACGUCGUGGUUAGGAAACAGUCCUUGUCUCGAAUCGAGAAGCCACUUUCUUGCUCAAAUUAUUGGCAAUGCGUGAUCUUUGAUUGCUACAAGCUAAUGUAUAUGCCAAUGUAUGGCUCACACGCCUUUCACAUAUUGAAAAAGUUCACAGAAAUUCAUUCAUCUACAAAUAGAACUUGGAAUGCAGUUGCUGUACUCGAAGGCACUGCUCAAAAGAACAAGAACAUAUCCCUGCCAAUUAAAAUAUCACAGAUGAAAUUAUUCUUUUCAUUUACCUACAUCAUGCUGUAAAUCAUAAAAAAUAAUUACAAUAGAAAUGAAAUGAUCGUAACCUUGAAGCUUAGACGCAAUGAAAACAACUAUUGAUGGUUGUGACGUAAAAAAAUUAUUUAUAAAGAAAAAUGUUUGUAUAGAUAUUGUAAAUCUAAUUUAUGGUUGACAAGAAAAAAAUGUUUUUUGAAUAUGUA